AUGUUCUCUGAUCGAUAUACUGGUGGUAAUGGAAAUGUUCAAUCAUUAUCAGAUAUUGUCAAUUCUGAUUAUCCAAAAACAUAUAUUGAUAAUGAUGAAUCAAAUCAUCCAACUACUACUCUUGAUUAUAAAUCAUUAUUAACUAUGGCUACACAUACAUCAUCAUCAGCAACAAAACUUCUUCAACAACAUCAACAAACUUUAUCAUUACUUGAUCAAUCAACAAUAAAACGACAACCUUUAUCAAUAACUAAUAAUAAUUCAAUUAUUCCAACAUCUAAUAUUAGUAUACCAACAACAAUGACAAAAACUAAAAAUAUAACAUUUAAAGAAAAUAUAUCAAUACCAACAAAUAAUUCAAUAAUUGAAGAAAUUCAUCAUAAUGAUGGACGUAUUGAACGUAUUAAAUCAGAUUUAUCUAAACAAAUUGUAUUUCCAAAUGGUUCAAAACAAGAAAUAAGUUCUGAUGGUAAACAAAUUCGUGUUCAUUUUUAUAAUGGUGAUUAUAAAGAAAAAUUAUCUGAUGGUCGUUGUAUAUAUAAAUAUGCAAGUACAAAUACAACUGAAACUGAAUAUCCAGAUGAUACACAUAUAUAUGAAUUUCCAAAUGGACAAAUUGAAAAACAUUUACCUGAUGGACGACAAGAACAUAUAUUACCUGAUAAAACAAAAAAUAUUUAUUUAACCCUUUGA